AUGCCUGAGGGUCCCCGAGCCCUCCGAACCCCGCGUGCCACCAUCUUUCUCCUCUUGAUCUUCGCUGCUGGCCUGGGCCCCAGGUGCCAGGCCCUGUGGGUGGACUGGGGCCCACCAUCGGUGACAGUGAGCAUUGGGGACAACGUCCGCCUCCUGUGCAGACACAAUGGAAGCAACCCCAACAUCACAUGGUGGCGCAUCCUCCAAGGCAACUCCACGUGGCCCCCUAUGAAGCUCUCAGGCCCGGGCCCCAAGGGCGAGCUGAUCAUCCAGCAGGUGAACAAGAGCCACAGGGGCAUGUACAUGUGCCAAGUCAAGGAAGGCCAGAAGGUCCAGUGCUCCUGUGGGACCUACCUCCGCGUGCGUGAGCCACUCCCCAGGCCCUUCCUGGACAUGGGGGAGGGCACGAAGAACAACAUCAUCACAGCCGAGGGCAUCAUCCUGCUGAUCUGCGCCGUGGUGCCCGGGACACUGCUGCUCUUCAGGAAACGGUGGCAGAACAUGAAAUUCGGGGCAGAUGUCCAGGAUGACUAUGAAGAUGAAAAUCUUUAUGAGGGCCUGAACCUCGAUGACUGCUCCAUGUAUGAGGACAUCUCCCGGGGCCUCCAGGGCACCUACCAGGAUGUGGGCAGCCUCCACAUCGGAGACGUUCAGCUAGAGAAGCCGUGA